AUGACUGAUAAUAAUAAACAAUUACAGUAUGAAGAAUUAUCUUUAUUAAUCUCCAUGUUUAACGAUAAUGAAUUUAAAUGGGUUGGUGAUCAAGAUCAAUCGGAAUAUUGGAAGUUUAUGGUAGCUCAAGAUGUUUCUAGUUUGGAAGCUUCUUCUUUUCGAUUCAGAAUUUUACUGGAUACGGAUGAAAAUUGGUUCAACGUGUUUCUACCCAGUCGAUAUCCAGAUGUUAGAUCAGAAUGCUCCUUUUCAUCUAAUACAGCUACUAGGCAAAUGAGGACCGAAAUAAAUCAAGAAAUUGAGAAAAAAUUGAAUGAAAGAAAUGGUGAAUGUUGCAUCUUUGAUGUUUACCAACAUAUUAAAACAUUCUUGCAGCAACCGGUUACUGCAGAAACAUCAAUCACAGAGUUUUCUCAGAUUAAUGAAAAAAAUGAUAGUUCAUUUAAAAUUUGUCGAAUUUUGAUAUGGACACAUCAUUUGUUAUCUCUUGAAAAAAGAAAGUGUAUAUGUCGAUGGGCUAAUGAAUUAGGAAUCUGGGGCUUUUCAAAACCCGGAUAUCCGGGAAUAAUAAUCGUGGAAGGAUUAUAUGAUAAUGUCCAGGAUUACGUUUCUAGAUUAAAGAAUUUAAGAUGGCAAGCGAUUACUAUCCGAUCAGAAGAGACUGAAGUAAUCCAUAAUUCAUCAUCACAAGAUCAUAGUGAAUUCGUAAAAAUAAGACUGGGACGUACUAAUCCUGGCGUUUCUGAAUUUGAGAGUAUGUCCGAAAUUUCUUUAAGAAUGAAAGAAGCAGGACUAGAGGAAAUGUUUUUGUCAACUAUGAAGAUUAAUAAAAAAUAA